AUCAGUUUCUUCUACCCUACCCGUUAAAUGACAACAUGAGUCUGAAUAUCCAGAUGUUAUCACUUUCUAUCAUUGAUUUUUCUUUGUUUAGUGAUCGUUAUAAGGUAUUUAUUGAUCUGUUUAAUGUCUCAUCAUUUUUAAUUCCACGUGGAUUUUUACCAAAAUUAUCGGAUGAAAUGAAAGUAAAACUAUCCGUUGCAUUGAUGGAUGGAAUGAAUAAUACUUGCUAUACAAAGAAUAAUAAUCAACAAUCAGUAGAAUCUAAGGUUUCUGCGACGAAUAAUAAAACGGUCAGUGGUUUAGAAAAUGGUGAUCAUAAAGAUAUUGAUGAAAAAUCAAACAUGAUGCCAAAUGAUUUGUUUAAACCAACGUUAGAUCGCAAAUGA